AUGUUCUCUAGCUGUCGGGAACUUGGGAGUCUGCAUGCCGACUCCCGGAUGCUGACGCCAAGACACGCCGCCAUCCCCCAUCUUGGUAUUGAUGCCAGCGCUUACGCUUACCCCCCUUUUCCGCGGCCUUACCAUCAGGUGAAACGGCAGUCGAAGAAGAAGCAGAAAGGAUUUCCACUACGUCUUUCCUCGAAACUUUUAGGAAAGUUUGGAUCCCUUCGGAACACAAUCAUGGCUGAUUAUGUCGGCACCUUCAUGAAAACUCACGCCGGUGAGCGGGACCGGAGCUGGCAAGUCUCAGCUCGGGACAAAUUUUCGGAAAAGAGGCGUCAAAAACAGGCAUCUCUUAGAGUCCACGAACGUACAAAAUCAUUCAAGACAUUGAUAAGUACUUUCGCGCAGAAAACUAAUCGCAAAGACCUCGCGAGAUUUGACGUGGAAAAAGAUUUUCAAUGGGAAGAUGUGAGAAUCAUGGCGUCCGAGGCAGUCGAGCAAGACAAUGCCAAAACGAAAAUGAGACACAAUCCUUUUCGCGCGGCCGGGCGAUCUUUCCAGCGAAAUGCAUCCAAUCUGGAAAUGCUUGUAGCAUUUCUGCCAAACGGUGACUUUACUGGAAUACUUUGCGGAGCUCUGACCUUUGUUUUCUGUGCAGCCAAGCGCCUAGACGAAGUUCGAAACAAGAUAUUAAACUGUCUGGACAGUCUGCCAGACAUCGUAGAAGAGACGGAAGAAUAUGUGGAAAUCUAUGACGAUGACCCUAGAGUCUGGAAAGCAGCCGAAGACUUGUAUCUGGGAAUCCUCGACGGUGUAGAGAGUAUGCUGCAAUGGAUUGAUAAGUCAGCCCUGGAGAGAGCAUUCAAGGUACUCACGAGACCGACAACGUUUGGCAAGAAUGUGGAGGAAGACACUAUUAAGGAAAAUAUCGAGGGCAACGUGGCCAAGUUCCGCAAUGUCGUCUUGAUGAGUCAACAUAAGCACAUCAACAAAUCACUCAAGGCUCUAAAGGAGCAACUGAACAGCCAGUUGAAGUACGCCGACUGGGUUCGAGACAACCCGAAAGCAGAAAAUCUCGUCGCAAAAGCGUUUGUAACACUUGAUGAGCUUCGCUCUAGCAUUGGAUUCGAUCCAAAAGUCAUUCAGAGAGACAUGGUCACGUCUAUGAUUGAUGCACAGAAAGUUUGCCCCCCAGAGAUGAUCAGCCACGCCAUGCUGGCUCUCCGCGACAAGAAGUUUGCCUCUUGGCUCCAGUCGAACGAGUCUCAGAUACUUUUCAUCGAAGGAAGGAUGAAGCUUAGCUCAGAGCAAGAAGCAGCAUCUCCGCUAACAAUGCUCUCAUGUGCUCUCGCCCAGCUGGUAGCCAGACAAUCCGAGCGCAGCAUUCCGCUGGUGUAUCUCUGCGGCCAGCACAAUCGCCCAAAUGACCCUUACUCUGGCGCCAGCGGCGUCCUGAGGUGUUGGAAUUCUCUCAUCGCAGAGUCUUUCACACCGCGGGACGUCGAUCUCUCGGCUAUCAACUUGAGCUUCAUAGACGGUGUCAGAGCACAGCGACUUGACGUGCUCUGCAUGCUCUUACGUCAUUUGGUUUUGGCUGCAACAGAUAAGGUUGUCUUUGUGAUCUUAGACGGAGCCUUAUGGCUCGAAUUGAACCGCCAUGUUCAAGGAUUGGGGGAUGUUGUGUUGUUCUUGAGGAAUCUUGUCACUGCGCUGAAUCAACAAAACUACGGCGUGAUUGUCAAAGUGUUGAUUACACAUCCUUCGACGAGUAAUCACGCCAGAAAGUGGCUUCCAAAAGAGUGUAUACUGGAGAUGGAUGAUGUUAGAUAA